AGGUUACCGACGAACGAUUCGUGGCGCGAUAUAUCAAAGUUUCGUCGAGAAACUUCAAAACAGUAGCGGCGAGAUCUUGCGGUGAACGGAUGUAUCUCCGCACGAGAUAUCGGGUGAUGAAAAAUGACAAGAAACAACACACAAGCCUCUUGAAUGUGAACAAAUAAUAUUGUUUUGGUUAGCUAUUUCUGAUCGGAACAAAUAAAUUCGCGAAAUGACUCAGAGAUCAAGGUACAGCGUCCGCGGCGCUUGAGGGUGGGAAAACGGGAGGAAACCACAAAGCUCGUAUAAGAGGCGAACAAAGGGUAGUUUGCUUGCGACGACCAAAGCGUCAGAUUUUGCUAAAUACUCGAGAAAAAAACGAAGAUUGAUUUGCUGUAUCCAUGAAAAAGGAAUCUUGGCUUGAUCGCAGCAAUGGAAACAGAACUCCCAGAUCAAUUCUAUCGCAUUCAAGCUGUCGAUCGUGCGCGCAAAAUACCCAGUGUGAAUUACUUGUGGGAUAAAUCCACAGAGGUGUACGAGCGUGUGAAGGGCACAAAUACGUUCAUAAACUGGGCGUUUCACACCGUCGAGAACGUGGUGACCACGAUGAUAGAAAAGACCUUGCCAGUCACCAGGUUUAUGGAGAAACCAAUUUACACGUUAGAUAAAACACUCUGCCAGGGCAUUGAUUUCGUUGAAGUGAAGCUGCCUAUAAUUAAAGAAGAACCCAAGCAGAUUUUAAAUCGCACCAAAUCCAUGGUAUCCGAACGUCUUCGCCCUGCAGUGAAAACUUUUACCGAUUUGAAGCAGGAAACGAAGCAUAAAGUGAGGUUUAUGACUCUGUGUACAUAUUACAAGAUUUAUUACUUAAGAAUCUACAGUUGGCAGCAAGCGGAUAAAGUCAUGUCAACUGAGACGGGUAUCAGUAUCUUAAAGACUGUUGAUAACACCACUGAUCUUGCUGAGAUCAUGUUAAACAAGUACUUACCGCCGUCAGAAGAAGAGACUCACGACGAAACAGAGAAAUUAUGUAGCGAGCACACGAAACUGCAUCACACAAUGGAAAGACUGAGUGACUUCAGUACCCGGGCAUCGCGACGCAUUUACAACGCGGUGAUGGAGAAGUUGCAACAUAUGUAUAAAAUCGAAAUACUUAUUCUCGUGUUACACGCGAUCGUGUUCAUCCAAGUGUUUAAGUUCGUGGAGACCAUCGUGAGUUUUGCUUUCAAAUUCUUCACCGACUGCAUCUUUUCGUAUUAUAGAGACAUGUUCUAGUCCGUGAUUAAUCUAUUUUUCUCACUUUUAUAAAAGUUACGCGUCCGAGACGCAUAUAUUUUACUUGCAAACUGCGAAUUUUAAUUAAAUGCGCGAUAGCGCCGUGAAAACGCGCGUGGUCUCAUUUGCGGAAUAAUUUCACGGUGUAAGAAUAAAUUUUAAAAAACUCAGCCAUGUGAUACACGGCGCCGUUUUUCAUAAUAUUUUGUAUUUACAUAUAUUUCUCGAGUUUUUAAAAAUUUAAAUAAUCCCACGCGUUUGGGUCAAGAAAAGUCAAAUUAUUUUUAAUAACAAAAACAAUCAAAUUAUUUUUUUAGUGUGGUCAUUUUUAACUGAUAUUUAACUUGAAGAUUAAGAUGUCAAAAGAAAUUGUGAUUGUUAUAUCGCGAAACAUCCUGAAUAUAUUCGUUUUCACGAUGGAGAAAGAUAUCGCAUUUUUAAAGUUACAAGCUUAAAACUAAAAAAAAUACUAUGUGUAUGAACAUUUAUAUAAUUAUGUGUUAUACGUGUUAUGUAUACUCAAAUUUUAAAUCUAGUUAUAACAUUGUUGACUAUCGUUAGAUAUUAAGGACAAAUCGUCAAAAGUUUGAAAUUAUCGGUAUGUUCUUAUUUUGAGAGAAUAUAGCAUUGAUAUUUUUGUUUUUUUAUAGAUUUACAUACACACACACACACACACGAAAGGAAAAGUUUUGCUAUUAUGU